AUGCCGAAGGCGAUUUGCGAGGCGGCGGCGGGCUCGCCCGCCAAUCCUAAGAUAACGAGGUACGAGAUCAACAAGGCGAACCAUGAACGAUUCGAGCGCGCCCGCCACGAGUUGAACGCGCCGCUGGUGAGCGGCGGAAGCUGGAACUGGCCCCUGGAGGAUCCCAACAGGCUACCCUCCAUGAUAGUAUCAGAGAGCGGAGCGCUGCGAGAAUUGCUCGCCGCCGCGCAGCAGCGACGCGGUGAUCCGAGCCAGGGGCGCCCGUGGACACUGGUUAUCGUGCGCGAUGAGUUCAGCCCUGGCGGCGUGUUCUGCGUCAGCGACGGCAGGAAGGGCGUGAAUUUUUCGCUCGCGUUCCUGGAGCUUGGGGCGCGCAGCAUUCGCAGUGACAGCGCGUGGUUCACACACGUGGACGUUCGCCACAGCUGGUUCAAGCAGGUCCAGGGCGGCUGGGGCGCCAUGUUCGGCAAGUGCCUGAAGCUGCACCUGCUGUCUCCGACUGGCCUUGCGACGGCAGGCGCCCCUAUUGCUGUCUUCGGCACGGACAUUCUCAUCUUCGCACGCGUCGGGUUCAUGAUCGCCGAUCUCGAUAACCACCGCAUGUCGUUGAACAGCAACGGUGCCAACGGCUUCAGGCCGCGCUUGCGACGUUGCAACGUGCUCAAGAAAAGCUCAGGCACGGCCGAGUUGGACCCAGCAAGAUUCGUUGAGAUUUCUUGUGCAGAUCCGACGCGGUUCCGACUGCGCACCAGCGCAGAUGCGUUCGCUGCUGCUGAUUUUGUCAGCGCGGCGCACGCCCGGUGGACUGCAGGGGCAAUGGCAAAGGACCGCUUCGAGACACUGCAAAUGAUGCGCGGGCUCAAGUUCGCGCCACACGGCAUCCUGCUGGACCCUGAAUUGCGCCACCAUGUGGACGUAGUGGACAGCGCCGUCAUCGAUUGGGUCCACGCGGCAUUGAAGGAUGGAGCAUUCACUACAGAAGUUAUCUUGCUGGCGCAGGCGUGCGGGGAUGAGCUGGGCGUCAAAUUCGAGAAUCUCCGAGAGCACAUGAAGGGCGGGUGGCUGCAGCCUGCGCGCGGGAGAGCGAAGUCGAAAGAGUUGCACAAGAUAUUCGACGAGUGCCGUUCCCCGAAGGAGGACAAGAUGCGGGCCUCUGCGUCAGAGCUCCAUGGCAUGCAUGCGCUUCUCAGGCGCAUCGUGGAGCUGCGCCUUCUCGGCGCGGCGCUCGACAAGCAGGCGGCCUCGUUCCAGGCUGCGUGCGCGACGCUGGACAUGAUAUGCGCGGUAAAGCAGGGGAGCGUGGGCUCGCGCGAAGGGGCGGCGCAGUUGCGGCGAGUCCGCGCCGAGCACCUUCGACUGCAUAGAGAAGCGUGCGGCACAGCGAACACCCUGCCGAAGCACCACAUGAUGUUUGACGCGGCCGACCAGUGGUCGGUGACGUCGUUCUGCUCGAAGGAGUUGCUGGCAGAGUGCGCGUUUGCGCCGUUGCUGACGGCAAACACCCGGCAUUGGUGGAGACGUUCGAGCACGCGGUCAGGCUGUCAGCGCGCUCCGACCGAUGGAAGGUUGGAGGCGCCAACCAGGCAGGCGUGGCGCGCGGGCGCCGUGCUCUCGGCGCCUGCGCGGUACAUGUGCGGCGAUGACGUCGCAGUGUUGCGAUUGGCAUAG